AUGGACGAAAACACCUCGUUGGACACCUUGAGAGACGUGCUAGUCAACGCUGACGGGAAAACCCCGCUUGCAGACCGGUUCAGAGCCUUGUUCUACCUCAAGUCCGUUGGAACAGAGUUCGAGCAGAACUCGGAAAAGGCCUCCAAGGCCAUCGACUACAUCGCCGAGGCGUUCCGGGACGACUCCGAGCUCCUCAAGCACGAGGUUGCGUACUGCCUCGGCCAAACCCACAACCUCGAGGCAGCCCCAGUGCUCAGAGACAUCCUCGCCGACAAGGAUCAGCAGUGCAUGGUGAGACACGAAGCCGCAGAAGCCUUGGGCGCCUUAGGCGACAAGGACUCCUUGCCAAUCUUGGUGCAGUACCAGGCCGACCCCGAGGAAAUGGUCGAGAUCCAACAGACCUGCGAGUUGGCCAUCGAGAGGAUCCACUGGGAAAACUCCAAGUUGAGCAAGGAGGAAGUCUUGCAGAAAUCUUUGUACGAGUCCGUCGACCCCGCUCCACCACUUCCGCUCAACACAUCGACAGACAAGGUUGCCAAGCUCCAGCAGAUCCUCAACGACGAGUCCGAGCCGCUCUUCCAGAGAUACAGGGCCAUGUUUCGUCUUCGUGACUUGGGCACUGACGAGGCAUGCAUGGCGCUAGCCUCCGGCCUCAAGGAUUCCUCCGCCUUGUUCAAACACGAAAUCGCAUACAUCUUCGGCCAGAUCUGCAAUCCGGUGACAGUGCCCAGUUUGAUUGACGUCGUUCAGCGUGAAGAGGAGGCUCCAAUGGUGCGUCACGAGGCCGCCGAGGCUCUCGGAGCAAUAGCCACCGACGAAACUUUCCCUGUGUUGAAGGGUCUUCUACAGGAUAAGGACGAAGUGGUCAGAGAGAGUGCGGUCGUCGCCCUGGACAUGUGGGAAUAUGAGAACAGUAACGAAAUAGAAUACGCUAAGGUAUAG